AUGAGAAAAAAGCAAACUAGGAGAUCGAUCGCGGCCGCGCGGGUUGGCGUCCCCGGCAUCACGCCCGGCCGCCGCCAAAGCCGCAUUCACCCCGUCACCAGCGCAGAGAUGAGAGGCAGAGGUAAGAAGGCAGAACCUAGAAGCCGUGGUCGUAGCAAUUGGCGUUCAGGGGCAGCAAACACACCCCAAAACGAAGUUCCUCCACCAGAAACUUUUUCAACAGAGAAUUCGGAUACUUCAGCCAUGGAUUUCUACUCCCAAGGACUUCCAGAACCUUCUAUGGAUGUAAAUGUACCAGGGUCAGAUAGUGAUGCAUCAAUGCAGGAAGGUGAUGUUCAGGAAACCCCCUCCAGGAAGCGACCUUGGGAGAGGGCAGGCGGCAAGACGAAGAUGAAGAAAAAGAAGGUACCUGGAGCUAAAAAUCUCAAGAUUCGACGAUAUGUGCAGCCCAAAAACGCUGUCAUGUGCCUCAAUGAGUUACGACCAGGUGUGGCUUAUACAACUGAACAGGAAGGAGGAGUUGGCCAGCCAUUCUGUAUCUCUGUGGAAAUCACUAAUGGGAAUGAGACGCAGAAGUAUCGUGGAUUUGGUUCAUCCAAGCAACUAGCUAAGCAGGCUGCAGCAGAAGCAGCGCUCAUAAGUUUUGUAAAACCACCAGUAAAUUCCAACCCUUCAGAAGGCCCAGAGGAGGACAAGACUCCAUGGGCAACACUUGCAUCUUUUGCCAUCUACAAGCUUUUCAAUGAUUGGCGUGAAGGUCGAGUGGGCAUGUGUCCCCCUCCAGCCCAGCCAUAUGGCGCUGCCCUGCCACCUGAACUAACUGCCUCUGACGCCACAGGUUUCCAAGCUUUCUUGGGCCAGUCACUUGGAGGAACAGGAGGUAUUAAAGAUGAGUCAGGUCAAGGAACCACAACUGCAUUUACUGAAGCCAUUUGUGCCCAUCUUGGCACAAGGGCUCUUCUUACACCUGCUGAUGCCAAGGAAGCAAAUUUGGCUUUACAGUCAACAGAGGCUACGAAAGUGCCAAAACCUGCAAAACAGAUGCCUGAGAAUGCAGCAGCUAUGCAUCCCGUCAUGGUUCUGCAUCAGAUGAAGCCAGGCCUGCAGUAUGCUGUAACGCAGGCUACAAAGGAGAACAAACCAUAUUUCACGGUUUCUGCUGAUAUUGAUGGGAAACCAUUUACAGGAGUAGGUCAUAACGUGAAGAAAGCGAAGUUUAUUCUAGCCAAAGAAGCCAUUCAGGAAUUGUAUGGCAUUGAUUCAACCUUUGAGGCUCCGGCUUAACAUGAAUACAUCUUUUGUCUUAAGGAAUAUAUAUUUUUUUUUUAACUAAUUACCAUUGAUUAAAGUUGGAACACUUUGUAAGUCAUUGCGUGUGGUUCACUAGCUUCUGCUUGCAGUGAUCUCUGUAACUUUUUGUUAUUGAAUGUGGUCUAAUAACUACAGGGUCUCAUUUUGUUCCUCCAAAUUUUACCAAUAGAUAAAGCUAUCUAUUUCACAGUUGUCAAUUUAGUUAGGUACAGCAGUAUCUGGUUUAGUUCUUAUGACUUUACCACUACAUAAAAAUAAAUUUGUUAAUAUUCUACCAUCUGAAUUAAGGAGGGCAUUUUACUAUUAUAGCUGUACGUUAGAAUUAACUGUGCAUGUAAAUGAUGGAACUUUACACAUUUACUCUGAAGCCAAAAAAAUCAAAUACAUUCUUUACUAAUUUGUUUCUGGUAUUUUACUAUACUGUAGUAUAUGUAGUUUGUGUUUAAGAUCGUUUCAGAAUCUGAAAGAAUAAAAUUGAAGACGUGUAAA